GGUACACUGUCCCUCUUCACUAAUGAAAGUGGUGGGAUUAUUGAUGACCUCAUUGUGACGAACACCUCGGAUAAUUACCUCUAUGUAGUGUCCAAUGCCGGCUGUGCUGAGAAAGACUCUGCCCACAUGCAGGACAACCUGCAGGAGUUCAGAGCGGCCGGACGGGAUGUGGCCAUAGAAGUUGUAGACUGUGCUCUCUUGGCUCUACAAGGUCCCUCUACUGCUAAAGUUCUCCAGGCUGGAUUGAGUGACAACCUUUCCAAGCUGACAUUCAUGACUGGGGUCACUACCGGUGUGUUUGGGAUUCCUGGUUGCAGAGUAACCCGUUGUGGGUACACAGGGGAGGACGGGGUGGAGAUCUCUGUGCCUGCUAACAGAGCAGUGGAACUGGCAGAGAGACUCCUGCAGAGUUCUGAAGUAAAGCUGGCGGGUCUAGCAGCCCGGGACAGUUUACGGCUGGAGGCUGGCCUCUGUCUGUACGGCAAUGACAUUGAUGAGACCACCAGUCCAGUGGAGGCGAGCCUGGUAUGGACGUUAGGUAAACGCCGCAGAACUGCCUUGGACUUUCCUGGAGCCUCAGUCAUUGUUCCACAGAUUAAAGGAAAAGUGACACGGAAACGUGUUGGGCUAACAUCUAUGGGGCCUCCUGUCCGCCAGCACACACCAAUACUGAAUCUGGAGGGAAAAGUCAUUGGUGAAGUGACCAGCGGCUGUCCCUCCCCCUGCUUGCGGUUGAAUGUGGCGAUGGGAUACGUGGAGCCAGAAUAUGCAAAAGCCAACAUGGCUCUUCAACUGGAGGUCAGGAAGAAGCUGGUGGAUGGCAAAACCUGCAAAAUGCCCUUUGUGCCAUCAAGAUAUUAUAAUAUAAAGUAACGAGAGAAAGAGGCAAACCCCACUAUAUCAGGAAUCUCCCAUCAUCAUCACGACACCCUCCCCCACUCAUAUCACACCUUCCCCACCCUCAUUUAUAACUGUGACCCUUCCAUCAUCACUACACCUUCCCGUACUCCUAACUUUGAAUCUCGCAUUAUCAGUACAGUCGUUCCACUCAUAUAAAAACUGCUCCCCUUAUCAGCCUCUCCUUUAUUACUGUACCCCUUUAAGGUAGCAGGUUAUUUGGGAGAGCCUGUACCUCAUCUUUGUCACAGCUCCGGUUUCUCCUUUACUCAGGGAUCAGGUCAGACAUUCCACGGGCCCUGGGUCCCACACAGAUGACUGCUUUCUCUUUAUGCAACAUAAUGUUUUGUAGGAGUGUGAAAAAAUUCAGCUCUGAGUAUGACUGCUCCCUUUUUCCUUUGCACCAGUUUUGAUUAUCUCAUUAGUGUUUAAUUUUCUUACUAUUAGAUCUCUAAAUACUGCCAGCGAAUCGGUAACAUUCUUAUAUAGGAAACUUUUGCAUCAGCAAAAUCCCUUUCACGUGUGUGU